AUGGAACCAACUCACAACGUGGUUGUUGACACGGCCGGCUUACCAAGCUCGAGCUCGACGUCGUCUCCCUCACAUCGACCGAUAGGUUUGAACGUCCGCCCAACCCACCAAUCUGGUUCUUCGCAAGAACCUGGUGGCUAUGACGCCGCGGAUGAGACCGAGCACGAUCAUGGUGCCCAUCAAACCCAACGAACCACGGCCAUCCCUGCUCCGUCCGCCGCGCGGGUGAAGCCCCCGACGCCUUGGAAGGCACUGAGAGCCUGUAAAGGGUUUGACUUGCGCACAUGGGUUGCCGCAUCCGGACAUGAGCCGAUAAUAACAACUACUUCGCCUUGCUCGUCGUCGGUGUCGAUGCCCUCGUCCCCGUUAUCCCCAUUGGCGUCCUCCGCAGACGUCAACGCGGACACAACCGCAGCCUUUCAGCGUUUUCCGGACCUGCCCUACGAGUUGCGUUGCAGGAUAUGGCUUAUGUGCCUCUCCUGGCCGCGCAUCGUUGUGAUCCGCGGCUCCAUGGACUGCAACACGCCCGGCAAUGAGACGUCCGGCAACAAGUUUGGCAGUGUUGCCUGCAACGCCCACUGGUACUGUGAGAACAGGAGCCCCGUCCUCUUCCGUGUGUGUUCCGAAUCUCGCCGCGAGGCGCUGGCCUUCUUCAGGAUCCACCUGCCCAUGCGCUCCCCCGAUCCUGACAGCCACGGCGUCCCGUCCCUGAAUCAGCGAAACCCGGCGUGGGACCGGAUCUACAUCAACCCCGACUGGGACCUCGUCCUCUACCAGGGGGCCACCCCCUCAGUGGCCAUCCUUGCCAGCGACCUCCUGGCCUACGAUCCCAACCACGAGGGCGUGGCUCACUACGGCGCCCGGGGCAUCUGGGACGUCAAUCCAGACCCCGGCUUCGGGAUGGCCACUCUGAGCGAAUCGCUGGCCUUCCUCAAAAGCUUUGUUUUGUGCACCGCUGAUACGUCAGACAUGGUCCGUCCACUGGGCGAGGGCUACAUCCAUGCCGUCGCGGGCGAGGUUGGCCAGGAGGGCAUGCAGAUGAUCGACUGGGCGUCGCACUCGCGCAUGCUGAUGAGGACCCCCAACAACAGCAUGGUUCGCAGUGCUUUGGUUCGUAGCAAAGACGUAGAACAGCGCGUGGUCGACGACCUCGUCACGGUCGAGAUGAGCGCGCGCUUCCGCAACACCGCCGUGGAGAAAGCACUCAACUCGUCGGCGACAGGCCUGGUGCUCCAGAUGGCGUGGCAGCCUCCGGACCGCAAGAUUUCCCAUGUCAUGCACCUGACCACGGCACCGUUAACGGUAUGA